AAGGUAGUGAAGCUUGCGGAACGAGCUCUCCGGUUUUAAACUGACAUUUGUUUUAAGCAGGAAGAAAAUGGCAACGUGUAUCUAACGUAAAAGAUUCUUGUGAAGUUGGAUUGUUGAGAAUUGUGCUGAAAAUCCCUCGAGAUAUCUAGUCAUGGAUCCAAGACGUUGGGCCCAAGAUGUGCUACGGUGUCAAAUCUGUGAGAACCCAGGCCCGUCUAUGUACUGUGACAUUUGUCACAUGCAUCUGUGUACAAUCUGCGUGGGGAAACACCUCACAGACCUAUCAACAGAACAUAAAGUGGUGCCAUUUGCAAAUAGAGGAUUCCACCCUAUGUGUCCAAAACAUUCCUCUAAACAAUGUGAACUUCAUUGUGAACAAUGUGACAUUUCUGUAUGUGUACUGUGUGUUUCUUCUGAAGAGCAUCGAGGUCAUAAAUUUGUGGACAUGAUGAAAGAACUUGACAACAGAAAAAAAGUCUUGGAGAUAGAUUUACGAGAAUUAGAAAAAUCAAUCUAUCCUAAAUACUUAGAGAUUGCAUCUAACAUAUCUCUUCAGAAAGCUGAUUUGAAGGAAAACUCUGAGAAAUUGAAAACAGCUUUUAACAAGCAUGGAGAAGAUUGGCAUAGAGAAAUUGAUACCAUGAUUAAGAAACUAAAAUCUGAUCUUGAUAAAAUGGACUCCAAACAACUGUCUGUCUUAGCAAAACAUGAAGAUGAAAUCACACGCACCAUUUCUGAAAUCAAGCAAAGCAUUGCUAACCUGAAGACGUUACUGGACUCCAGUGAUGUCAGCCGUGUCUCUGAUUACAAAUCUAGGAAUACUGAAUUCAAAAGAUUGCCUCCUAAACUCACAUUUUCCCUACCGAAUUUUACCCCUCAGAAUAUCAACAAAGAACAGAUUUAUCAACAGUUUGGUUCUUUAUCAGCGUUAUCUAUCGAAACAGAAGAUGAUUCUACUAUGGAUUCUCAAGGUGCAGGAUUCUAUCUCCUGGAAAAACCGCUCAUUGAUGAACCACAGAUUCUCACAGAAAUAAAAACAAAAUAUGGAUUUUUUAAUCAGAUGCGUUGUGUGUCAUGUAUGGGCGAUGACGUCUUAUGGAUUUGUGGUAGUGAUAAAAUCAUAAGACUCUACAACAUACGGGGGGAACUAUUAAAGACUAUCACAACCAAGUCUGGAAACAAACCAGAGGACAUAACAGUGACAGGAAAAGAUGACCUAGUCUAUACUGAUAAGAAAGAGAGGACUAUAUAUCAAAUAGAAAAACACACAGAGAUACAGACAGCGAUCAGCUUAAGGGGAUGGAAACCUCUCGGUAUCUGUAGUACCUUCUCUGGUGACCUCUUGGUCAUUAUGGACAGCGAUGAUAAACAAUCAAAAGUUGUGCGUUACUCUGACUUCACAGAGAAACAAAGUAUUCAGUUCGAUAAUAAAGGACAGCCUCUCUAUUCGUGUGGUGGCACUAAAUAUAUCGGUGAGAAUAGGAACCUAGAUAUAUGUGUGUCAGACUAUGGAGCAGGCGCAGUAGUGGUGGUAAAUCAUGCUGGGAAAUUCCGAUUUACCUACACUGGUCCACCGCUCACUUACAAAAAAUCAUUUGAUCGGCCAUGCGGCAUUACUACAGACAGUCAGAGUCGCAUCCUGACAGCAGAUUGGUACAACAACUGCAUCCACAUCCUGGAUCAGGACGGAAGGUUUCUCCGCUACAUUGACAACUGUCAUUUACAUAAUCCAUGCUACUUAUGUGUUGACAGUAAGGGCAACCUCUUUGUUGCACAGUCCUUCGAGGGUACUGUAAAAAGAAUCCAAUAUCACAAUCUUAUGCAAAAAUAACGUUUCCAUAAAAGUAAAUUGUCAACAAUCUUGGCACAGGUACGACGUUAUGUACAUUUUUAAAUUUUGUUAUUUUAUCAAAGUAUGCUAGUAAUGGAAUAACACGUACUAUGUUGUAAAAACUGGUGAAUCAUGUAGAAAACAGAUAAAUAGCUUUACAAUCAUGAGUGUUACUAUUCCCUCACUUAAGGUGGCAGGGGCAAAUUCGCACGAAACUUUGAAAAAAAGGAGACUAUGGGAUUUUGCUGGUUAUCUGGGGAAUAUAAAUUGCUAGAAUAUUCAUUGCAUUCAUUUUUAUUAGGUUAGUUAGAGGAGCUCAUGUCCAUUUUAUUGAUAUAUGACAUUCUAGUACUGGAUAAUUUAAUUGAAUUGAAAUUUCAUAUCACAAGUGCAUGGCUUCUCGAGAAAAUUACCAGAACAUAUGUCAUAUGUAAUGAAAUCCCUUAGUCAUGUGUCAGG